CUUGUAACAAAAAUAAACCUUAGAUUACAGCUCAACCAAUAAUCUCUCUCUGUCUCUCUCUCUCUCACAUGAAUCCGUUGACUUUUUAGACAACCCAAAUAACCAAUCUUCUGGCCAUUGCCAUGGCUCAGGCUCACAAAAUCUUCUAUCAUCUCCUAUCCCAAUCCUCAAGGAGAUGAACAGCACAACAGACUCUGGCGGCGGACAUUUUGGAAGCAUGGGAAGCUUUAGCUAUGGAAUCGGAGUUUCAAUUGGAAUGCUCCUGCUCAUCACAAUCAUCACCUUGGCUUCCUAUUGUUGCACCCGGAUAGAGCAACCAAGAGCCCCAACAAGGCAAAGGACUGUUCCUCAGGCAUCUGAUCAACCACAAAACUUUGUCAUCGAUGUGGGACUCGAUGAGGCAACUAUCAUGGCCUAUCCAAAGCUGCUUUACUCCGAGGCCAAGACCAAUAAGACAGACUCCACAACCACAUGCUGCUCCAUAUGUUUAGCAGAUUACAAGAGUAAUGAUAUGCUCCGGCUGCUGCCGGAUUGCAGCCACCUCUUCCACCUCAAGUGUAUCGACCCGUGGUUGCGGCUGCACCCCACCUGUCCUGUCUGUAGAACAUCUCCACUGCCGACACCCCUGUCAACGCCUCUGGCAGAGGUGGUUCCAUUGGCAAGCAGGAGGGAUUGAUGACUGGGCUGGAAGAGGAACAUUGGCUUGAAAUAUGGGUCUUUUUGCGAAAACUUGUACAUUGUAAAAGUCCCACUAGUUAUUGGAGCUCACACACAUGAAAACUCUUUUGCUAUAAUCUUUUCUUUUUCUCUU